CAAUCCCCGUACCAGAGCUUCGUUAAGAAGUCGAAUUAGAGAACUGCCGAGACGACGCUACGCCCAAUUCGUCUAACCUUCGUCAGGAGGCAACGGAGCGGAGCAUCUCCUGCCGCCGGACGCCAAGAACCUCCUCCAGAGGCAGCAUGGAGGAUGAGCUGACGUGUGUGGUGUGCUCGGAGCUGUACGCAGCAGGCACCAGAGAACCGGUUGUGCUGCCCUCCUGCGGCCACACCUUCUGCAGGCAGUGCCUCUACGGCGUGGUGGAGAGCCAGGGCGCUCUGGCCUGCCCCACCUGCAGGAGCCCGCACCCGGGGACACCUGUACAACACCUGCCUACUGUCUUCGCCUUGUUGAACAUAUCGGAGAACUUCAAGAGGUCUGAGCGAGGAGGGUGCAGAGAACACAGGUCGCCUCUAGAGUUCUGGUGCCGUGGCUGCCAGAAGCCUCUGUGUGGCCACUGCCUCCUGGAGGCCCACGUGCGGGAGGGCCACAGCGUGGACCGAGCCACAGUCUUCGUGGAGGAGAGGAAGAAAGAGAUUCACACCCGGAGCGCCCAGCUGGUCCAGAAUAUACGUACCAGGACCGAUAGUGUCAUCAGCGGCAUCCUUGAGUUCAUAGGACUCAUCGUACGAGGCGCUGAGGAGAGCAGAGUCCUCAGCUCCUCGGCUCAGACAGCGGAGAAGAUCUUGAAAGACAUGACUGGAAUUCACAGCAUCGAGUCGAUGCUGAUGUCUUUGACUCUGGUGGAGAGCCUCCAAGCGGAGGUCAAUAAGUUUUCAGCAUCCUCAGCCCCUUCAAAGGAGGGACCGCCUGAAAGAGGAGAUAGAAGGACGAGGUGUGACUCCUGUUGCCAGUUGGAGACUUCCUCGUCAGUAUUCCGCCAGGUCUCCGUCAGUGAAGCCGAGUGGCAAGAGACCCAGAUAGAAGAAACUGAACAGAUUGCUCUCCAAGAUGGUCAAGAGGGACAGAACGCCACUUUGGAAUUCUCAGAGAGUUCGAACCCCGGGACGAAAACAAAUCCGGAAGAAGUGAGAGAAGUGAGGCGCAGUAGCAGCGUUUGCGAGGAUGAGGCGCCAGAUGGGUCACAAAGUACACGUGUUGGUGUGCCAAAGACUCCCUGGCCACUUCGAUGUUGUGUGAUGAGCUCAGACCAUCGGACUGGAGAGCUGAGGUGGGAUCACGGCCGCCUUCAUCUCUAUGCCUUGAGAAACCACUUGGAUGAUGGCCACUUCAUGGUUCAGAUGUCGCUUCUACAAUCACUGAUGAGCCGAGAAAAGCCUCAAGUGUUCCUGGAUUUAGGUAUGGAAGGGGCAAGUCUUGGUCGUGUUUACAUCCGCCUCAAUGGCCGCCUUCGUCGCGCUCAACACUUCCUAGCUCUGUGUCUGGGCUCUCUAGGCCCAUCUUACAGGGCCAGCAAGUUCCACGGGGUGGCCAAGCCGGGUGCCCCUGGAGAAACCCUAGCAGGGGGCAAGUACUUGACCCCUGAGGGAACCAGCGUCCAGGGGCUGAUGCAGGGCUUGGAGUGGGGAGGGGAAUACAUCAGUGAGAAAGUGGAAGGACUCGUGGUUGGAGCAAGGGGCGGUGAGCCGGAGUUGGAUGCGUUUUUCCACAUUUGCACACGCGAGCACAAAGGGAAGAAGUUCGCCUGCGCCUUCGGGGAGGUGGUGGAGGGCAUGGAUGUGGUACACGCGGCCGUGAAGCAUGUCCGCGUCAGAGAGGUCACCAUUGUGGACGUGGGAGUCGUCAUUCCCACCUCCCAGGAGUGAGGCGCCUAACAUGCUUACCGAAUGACAAUCCAUUUGAGUACAACUAUCUCACAGUCUAGUGGUCCGGGUUCAAUACCCGGAUAGGACAGAAACGAUUGGGUACGUUUCCUUUCACCUAGCAGUAAACAGGUAGCCGAGAGUUAGACAACUGUUGUGGACUGCAUCCUGGGAAAGGUUGGCCAAGAGGGACCUCGAUAAGUCUAUAAGGACCUUACACUGUUAGAUUAAGGACCUGCCCAAGAUGCUAUGUGUGCUAGUGGCUUUACAAGAAUGUAAAACUUCAAUGCUCUGUACUCUCAUAAACCCAAUGUACCUUCUUGUAUAUAAAUAAACAAAUAAAUAAGAACAGGCUUCCUAUCCCAGGCAACAGGAAUUAAAUUAAGUUAAAAAUUAUAGAGGCAGGUGAUGUACUUUUGAAUCAUGAAAAUGGUGACAACUGUAUUUGUCUAGGACAGCGCUCGGGGGUCGUAGCCCUAAGGGUCCGGGUUCGAUCCCCGGCGGAGGCGGAAACAAAUGGGCAGAGUUUCUUUCAUCCUGAUGCUCUUGUUCACCUAGCAGUAAAUGGGUACCUGGGAGUUAGACAGCUGGUAUGGACAGCUGGUAUGCUGCUUCCUGGGAAUGUGUGUGUGUGUGAAAAUUAGGACUUACCCGAAAUAACACUGUGAGUGCUAGUGGCUGUACAAGAAUGUAAGAAUUCUUUGUAUAUAUAUAAAUAAAAAAUAAUGUUGAUUACUUCUAGGUGAAAAGAUAUAUUGCAUAUUAAUAUGAGUAAAAUAGACACGCAUGAUAUCGGUUGAAUUAAGGUGUGACUGUCAUUAGUAAGAUUAUCAUAAGUAAGAGUAUCUUACGAUUACUAGUAGCAAGAUCACAUCUUGUAGUAUUAGUUGGUCCUGUGGCGCAGUGGUAAACGAAGCUGAGUCACAACCAGAUUGUCCAGAAGCAAUUGGGCAACGUUUUCCUUCACCUGAUGUGUCUGUUCAUCCAGCAGUAACUUGGUACCCGAAAGUUAGACAACUGUUUAGAGUUGUGUACUUGGGAAUUAGGUCAGUGGUUGCCCCCAGUCAGUGGGACCUCGAAAACCCUAUCGAGGUCCCGUUAGUACAGUUGGGAUCGUUCUCGACUCACAAUCGAGAAUUCCGGGUUUGAAAAUCCCUGGCGGGACAGAAAAGGUUGGGCGCGUUUCCUUUCACCUAAUGCCGCUGUUCACCUAAGAGUAAAUAGUUUCCCAGGAGUUUACAUUCUUGGAGGGUGGGGGGGGGGGAACCUCGAUCCAAGACUAGUAUGUAUAUAUACACUGGCUGCCUUUCCCCUGACACAAUGAAUUAUUUAUUAUUAUUUAUAUUAUUAUUAUAUAAAUAAUUAACAAAUUAUUCAGUCCUCAUGACGCAGUGAUAAGACACUCGCCCGUCGUUUCGCGAGCGCUUUGUCCUUGGUUCGUGGGGAGGAUUGACUUCUGUUCCUAGAGGCUGUUCCUUAACUGUAGCCUCUGUUCACCCAGCAGUGAAUGGGUACAUAAACGAUUUGGCGGGUCGUAUUCCGGGGAAAACUAGGAUUGAGGACCUGCUCGAAACGCUAUGCGUGCUUUACAAGAAUGUAAGAACUCUGGUAUAUAUAAAUAAUAAUAAAAAAAUAAUUAAGCAGGUUCUUGUACUCAACUAUAUAUGAGAAACUGUAAUUGAAUGCAAAUUACGAGUAAUUGAAAUUAGUGUAGCAAGAGUACUAGUAGUAAGAGUGGUAUGGGUGCUUCUCCCACCACCACAUACAAUAGAGGUUUGUUCUUCUCAAUCAAAACUAAACCAUAAUAAAAUACAAA